UGGUGCAGUCUCUGUUCUUUUCUGUGUCGGUCUCUGAGAGUUACGGUAACCUCCUGGUGCUUUCUCUUUCAGCUGCGGAAGAAGUACGGCGAUGUGGUGAGUUUAGAGUUUGGAUGGACAAACCUGGUGGUGCUGAGUGGCUACAAGACCCUGAAAGAGGCUCUGGUGAAGAAAUCGGAAGACUUUGCGGACCGGCCCAGCCUUCAAAUCUAUGAGAAGUUCUUAGAGCAGCAUGGGGAAGGUAUCGUGUUUGCAAAGUACGGAGACUGGUGGAAACAACAAAGGAAAUUUUCACUCUUGACCCUGAAGAACUUUGGGCUCGGAAAGAAGACCCUCAAAUUGCGAAUUGUGGAAGAGGCUGAAUUUUUAAUUGAAGGUUUUGAAAGUGAACAAGGUCUCACUUUUGAUCCACAUUUCCAUUUAACUUAUGCGACCUCGAAUAUCAUCUGCUCCAUUGUCUUCGGUGAACGCUUUGAUUACAGUCAUAAGAAGUUCCUUCAACUUUUGCACAUGCUUGAAGAAAGCUUUGUGUUGGAAGGUGGAUUUUGGGGACAGUUGGUGAAUGCGUUCCCCUUCCUGUAUUACCUUCCAGGACCGCAAAACAAAAUAAUUCAAAAUCAGCGCAAAACGGCUCAAUUUUGGCAAGAAAUAAUCACGAACACACCGAACACAAGUUUCCUGGAGAACAAGAUGAUUACGUCAUUACUAGGCCUCUUUGCUGCAGGUACAGAGACCACGUCCACCACCCUAAGCUGGGACUUGCUCUUCAUGGUGUUACAUCCAGAUGUGCAGUCUCGGGUUCACGAGGAGAUUGACAGAGUGAUUGGGAAGGGUAGAAGGCCAAGAUUGGAAGACCGGGAGGAAAUGCCAUUCACGAACGCGGUUAUCCAUGAAACACAACGCUUAGGGAAUAUUGUACCAAUCUCACUGCCACAUGAAACGUACAGAGAUACCACGAUCAUGGGAUACACCAUCCCGAAGGGAACAAUGAUCAUUCCAAACAUUUCCUCUGCCUUGCUUGAUGAAGAUAUUUGGUUGACUCCACAUCAGUUUAAUCCAGGACAUUUCCUCAAUUCCGAGGGGAAGUUUGUGAAACCAGAAGCCUUCAUCCCAUUCUCGGCAGGUCAUCGUGUGUGUCUGGGGGAGCAGCUGGCAAAGAUGGAACUCUUCAUCUUCUUCACAUCCAUUCUCCAAAGAUUCACGUUGUUUCUCCCGGAAAAUGAGGCAAGACCAAGCUACAUGGAAGCUCAUUUCGGAAUUACCCUCUGCCCACUGCCCUAUCGGCUCUGUGCUAAAGCCAGAUAGGGAUAGGUAUUCACCAUCUGGGCUCAGGAGGCUUUUUGCUUUUUGGCUUUUUGAAUAGAUAUAAUGUAUUUGGUAGUUGUUUUUAUCGACCUUUAUAUAUACUUUCUUGUACUCUGUAUUCUUUUAUGUAGAAACUAAU